CAGAGUUGAACAAUGACCAUAGUUGACAAAGUUGAAUCUUCAGACCCAUCAGCCUGUCAGAAUCAGCCUGGCAGUUCCGAGGCAGUCUCAACUGGAGACAUGGAUGCAGGCUCUGCCGGCUGGAGUGCUGUGUCUUCAUUAAGUGAUGUUUCCAAUCACACGCUUUCUUUAGGACCAGUACCUGGUGCUGUUUAUUCAAAUUCAGCUGCACCUGAUAAGCCAGAGCCAUCACCACCGAAGGAUCAAGCCCUAGGUGAUGGCAUUGCUCCACCACAGAAAAUUCUUUUUCCCUCAGAGAAGAUUUGUCUUAAGUGGCAGCAAACUCACAGAGUUGGCGCUGGGCUUCAGAAUUUGGGCAACACCUGUUUUGCCAACGCAGCAUUGCAGUGUUUGACAUACACACCACCGCUCGCCAAUUACAUGUUAUCACAUGAACACUCCAAGACAUGUCAUGCAGAAGGGUUUUGUAUGAUGUGUACAAUGCAAGCGCAUAUUACCCAGGCACUCAAUAAUCCUGGGGAUGUUAUUAAACCCAUGUUUGUCAUCAAUGAAAUGCAGCGAAUAGCUAGACACUUCCGUUUUGGAAACCAGGAAGAUGCCCAUGAAUUUCUUCAGUACACUGUUGACGCUAUGCAGAAAGCAUGCUUGAAUGGCAGCAAUAAAUUAGAUAGACACACCCAGGCCACCACACUUGUUUGCCAGAUAUUUGGAGGCUAUCUAAGAUCUAGAGUAAAAUGUUUAAAUUGCAAGGGCGUUUCAGACACUUUUGACCCAUAUCUCGAUAUUACAUUGGAGAUAAAGGCUGCUCCGAGUGUUAACAAGGCAUUGGAGCAGUUUGUGAAGCCGGAACAGCUCGAUGGAGAAAACUCCUACAAGUGUAGCAAGUGCAAAAAGAUGGUUCCAGCUUCAAAACGGUUUACUAUACAUAGAUCAUCUAAUGUUCUUACACUUUCUCUGAAACGCUUUGCAAAUUCUACUGGUGGAAAAAUUGCUAAGGAUGUAAAAUAUCCUGAGUAUCUGGAUAUUCGGCCAUAUAUGUCUCAACCAAAUGGAGAACCCAUUAUUUAUGUUUUGUAUGCAGUGCUGGUCCACACUGGAUUUAAUUGCCAUGCGGGCCAUUACUUCUGUUACAUAAAAGCUAGCAACGGCCUGUGGUACCAAAUGAAUGACUCCAUCGUAUCUACUAGUGAUAUUAGAUCGGUACUCAGCCAACAAGCAUAUGUGCUCUUUUAUAUCAGGUCCCACGAUGUGAAAAACGGAGGUGAACUUACUCAUUCCACUCAUAACCCUGGCCAGUCCUCUCCCCGUCCAGUUACCACUCAGCGGGUCGUCACCAACAAGCAGACUGCACCUGGGUUUAUUGGACCACAGCUUCCUUCUCACACAAUGAAGAAUUCACCUCACUUGAAUGGGACUGGGCCACUGAAAGACACGCCAAGCAGUUCGAUGUCAAGUCCUAAUGGAAGUACCAGUGUCAACAGGGCUAGUCCUGUUAAUGCUUCUACUUCUGUUCAAAACUGGUCAGUUAACAGGCCCUCUGUGACUCCAGAGCACCCUAAGAAACAAAAAAUCACCAUUAGUAUUCAUAACAAGCUGCCUGUUCGCCAAGCUCUGUCUCAGCCUAACCAUCAUAGCAAUUCUUUGGAGACCCCUAGCAAACCUGUUCCUCCUUCAACUGUCACCAACUGUUCUGCGAUACAGUCUACCUCGAAUGCAUCUACAAUGUCAGUUUCUAGUAAAGUAGCAAAGCCACUCUCGCCAAGUGAAUCGUGCUCCAAGCCAGUGAUGAAUGGCAAGUCCAAGGUGAGUGCCAGCGUGCUGGUCCCCUAUGGCGCAGAGUCAUCUGAAGAGUCCGACGAGGAGUCCAAGGGCCUGGCCAAGGAGAAUGGCAUGGGCAGGACAGCCUCUGCUCACUCUGCUGGCCAUGAAGCCGAAGGGGAUAAGGCCCCACCACACGAGCUCCAAGAACCUGUCACUCUAAAUGGUGCUAACAGUGUAGACAGUGACCCAAAAGAAAAUGGCCUGUCAUUUGAGGCUACCAGUUGCCAAGUCCAGCCUGCUUUACACUCAGAAAAUCCCUUUUCUAAAGCAAAUGGUCUUCCUGGAAAGUUAAUACCUGCAUCUUUGCCUUCUCUUCCGGAAGACAAAAUCUUAGAGACCUUUAAACUUAGCAACAAAGUAAAAGGCUCAACAGAUGAAACAAGUCCACCUGGAACAGAGAAAAGUCCAUCAGGGGACCUUGCUGUGGGGCUUGAGACUGGCAGUGUCACUGCUGGUUCCCAUGAGAAACUGGACCCGAUCACAAGUUUGUGCAGCAAGUUUAAGAAGGCUUUGCUGUCUCCUGACAGCAGCCUCAAAUCUACCAAAGAAGUUGUCUCAGAAAAUAUUUCAGCCAAACCUGAUGAUUCUUUGCCCAUCAUAAACAACCUUUGUAACACCAACAAGGCAGGCACGGGGGAUGACCCACUUCCUGAACUCUGUGAUGCUGGGAACUUAACACACAACUGUGGUGAACCUCCACAAGAGGUCAAAGGGUUAUUAACUGAGAGCCUUCAGGAUUCUGGUCCAGUAGAAACAGUGGAAAAACUGAGCCCAGCUCCCUCCACACAUUCGGAAGGUGAACGUGAGCCUGAGCUCUCAGUUUACCUCAGUAGAGACCAGUGUAGUGACAUAGAAGCCCCCUCCCGGAGCACAGGUAUAUCUGCCGUCAUGCUGCCCUCUGCUCCACCACACAGGACCACAGGCACCCAUCCAGAAGGGGGCCCUGAGCAUAGUCACGGGGAGAGGUGCAGCGAAGGUAAGGCCAUGCAGAAAGCUCCAGACCGGCCGCCAGUUAAAGAGAAAAUCAGCAGCCUUAGAAAAGUUGACCGCGGACAUUACCGUAACCGUAGAGACCGCUCUUCCAGUGGGGAACAUGUGCAGAAAAGCCGGAGUCGGAGUCGGAGCAGGACUGAGGACCAUUGUCACAAAAAACGGCGCUCCUAUACCAGAAAGCACAGCAAGCAGGAGGGCCAUGCCAUGGAGCACUGCAAUGGGAGCCAGCACCCUCUUUGCUAUGGUGAGAGAGUCAGCCCUGGUGAACGCCGCAGCAUGAGCAGGUACAGCUACCACCACUCACGAACCAGGAGCGGGGCUGAUCAGGACUGGAGCCGAUACCACCACUCAGACAGUGAGCAUGCCUGGCUCCAGGAGAAGCACUACCCAGAGAAGGUGCGGUGGGACAGGUGCAGGUACUAUCCUGACAGGUACAUGCCCUACGCAAUCAGGGAGCCCAGUACGAAGCGGCCACACAAGGACUCUUCCCGGGCCAGGAAAGGCUGGGAGCCACCUGCUCGGGUGAGGGAGCGGACCCACUUUCACAGCCCCCGCACAGGAGCCGUGCCCCCCUUCCCUCUGCACCCUGAGCGCUACCCCCAGGAGAAGGCUGCCUUUGGAACUGACGACAGUGGCUGUGGCCUCUCAGAUCGCUUUCAUGAACACGAAAGCAUGAAGUCACGCAAACGCAGGUAUGAGAGUGCAGAAAGUAAUGACAGUCAUGAGAAGAAAGCCCACAGGAGCCUCCUGAAAGACCUGGAGGAGCCUAAGGCCAAGAAACGUAAAAAAUCAAAGAAGAAAAAGAAAUCUAAAGACAAGCACCAAGAGCGUGACUACAGGCAUCAGCUGGAUCCAGAUCUUCCAGUAGUAUACUCUGAUGCUGACCUCCACAGACAUAAAAAGAAGAAAAAGAAAAAGAAGAGGCACUCAGGGAAAUCAGAAGACUCUGCAAAAGAACUAGUACUGCACUCACCGAAGGCCUCAAGCUAUGAGACUGUUGAUCAUUUCCGGAGGCCUGAGGGUAGUUUCUUGCUGGCCAAUGGCUUAGCUGGGGAGGGCAUUGGAGCUUUCCGAAAGAAAACCAAGCAUUUAAGGAUGGAGAACAGGGCCGACAGGUGCCACAUGUUGGAGUAUGGCCAUGGUGAUUGAAAAUUUGGCCUCAAAACAAAAAAUUCACUAGUUAAGAUUCAACAUGUUCCACAGAAGCCAUCCCAACUCAGCUUAAAUUAUAAACAUGAAUUCGUUCAAAUCUGCGUGGUGCUUCUUUAGUAAAUAUUGUACAGAUUUUA